AUGUUACUCGACGUGGCAAGCCAACUGAAAGGCCAGCAUCCCUCGUGGUGGAUCCUGAGAAUCGAUUUACUGAAGUACUCAGAAGUCUUUGACAGCUGUGGCAGUGGUAUCGAAGCCAGCAAGGAUAUCUUGCUCCGAGCAGUGUACAACAGGGAAAACCUGGGCCUAUUGGAACACUCACUUCUUCAGUACUGCUUGCUGGAGUAUCCCCGUAUCAUCUGCAUGGUGGACGGCUUCGAUGAGGUCUGCCCAGACUAUGCAGACAAAUGCUUACAAGCUCUGCAGGAGUUAUCCCCACGCCGGGGCAAGCUGCUGGUAACUACUCGGUCCUCCGUGACGGGCCGCCUCGAGGGUGCGCUGGGACUUCUGGCACACACACUGCCUGCCUUCAGCGAAGAACAACUCUGCGAUUUCCAUGGGUGGAGCGGGUCAGAGAUAGGCGUUACUGAGGUGGUUAGGGACCUGUUGAGGAUUCCUUUGUUCUCAAAAAUGUAUGCAGAAUCGUUCGAGAGUGGAAUUACGGUAUAUGACAUUGUGAGCCUCUAUGAAGCCUUCUUUGAAAGGAAAUUCAGAAGAAUGUUUGAGGAGAAGUGGCUUGAUGAUUUAUCUAUAGCUGGGAAGAAGAAAAAGAUCGAGAGGGAACGUCGGGAGCACGAGCAACAGUUGGGGUUUCUUGCAAUGUCACACCUUCUCCCCAGACUGGAAGUACCACGCCUUGUACAGUUGUCCUCGGUGGACAGAGACGAUCUGGUGAAGGCUGGUAUCAUUUACCAAUUCAUUUAUGACAAGCCAGUUUUCAUACACAGGACCUUUGCCGAGUAUUUCUUAGCCAAGUGGUGCUUUUCUGACGAUGCAGACGGUUUGCAUAAACAUCUGUACCGCAAAGCUCUGUCUGAUAACAGCCUAGAGUUCUUCGUCGAGACUUUCGACCGAAUGGCGAGUAGGGGCCGACCACUCCUGAUGGCUGUGCUGAACGGUCGUGAGAGGGAAGUUAAUUCGCUGCUAGAGAAGGGUGCGGACCCCACAGAGAGGGAUGAGAUGGGACGUAAUUCACUGCAUCUGGUACCAGCGUACAGUGAUGACUCUGCAAUACUGAGACUGCUUGUAGAACACCUGGGGAUGGUGCGGGUGACGACGGCGGGAGGAUCAGCAUCAGGGUCUGCAGAAGUGACCCGGCAGCCAGUGGAGGCGGAGGCAGUGUCUGGGGUGGAUGAGGCAGCGAGGUGGGUCGAGGAAGGGAGGGCUAAGGAAUCCGAAUGGGUGGCAAGUGAGUCGGGGUUGGCGGAGGGUUCAAGGACGGCAGGAGUAUUGGGGGUUGAGGAGAUGGUGGGAGUAGAUGGGCCAUCGCUGUAUGUGGAGGCAGUGAAGGCUGCGUCUGUAGCCCUGGGUGCAGAGGACGGCCUGCUGCGCUGGACGCCUCUGCGCUACGCGGCAGAGCGCCGUCGUUGGUGUGCAGUGGCUGCUCUUCUGGAGAUGGGCGCCAGGCUGCAGCACCUGGGGGACUUCCAGCGCGGGCUGCACAGUGCCGAGGUGCUGUGGCGUAUUUUCAAGGAAGAGGGCUACAAAGCGCUGUUUGAUCACGUACUUGGCAAGACUGAGUCUGGGUGGAGUCCGGGAGUAGGUCAACAGCCAGUCGAAAACAAGAGGUGUUUAGACAUAAAGGUUGGUGUGUCUAUCGUCUGCACCGAGAUGUCUGAGCAGCAGUAUGGAGAGAUCGUGCAAGAGGCCAGUAAAAAUGGCGAUGCAGAGGUGGCGACGCUCGUAUGGCGUAAACAGUUGGACACGCCGGACAAGUCAACAAAUGUUGGAUCUCCAGCAGUGGAGCGGCUCGAGCACUCCACUGGAAUUGGUCAACUUGACGAGUGGAGACAGAUACUUCACGAAGAAGGGAUUGACGGUGUAGUGCAGCAGCUGGCAAGAGUUGGUGGUGGUGCGACGCUCUUCGAGGUGUUUGGUGAUAAGAUGUUGCUCGACGCUGCGAGAAAAGGCGACACAGAAUGUAUACGGCAGUUGAUCGAGGCAGGGGCUGACGUUGACUUUCAGACCGGUGAUGGUGCUAGAGCGAUACAUUUCGCCGCAGUUGCUGGCAAUGCUGACUGCAUAAAAUGGCUGCUGUCUGCAGGAGCUGACGUUAAUGUUAAGGACAAGGCAGGUAGCACUCCACAGCACUAUGCGGCAGUGAGGGGUAGUGCGGAGAGUGUGCGGCUACUGUUGGCCGCUGGCGCAGACGCGCUUCUCGAGGACUCGCAGUGUGUAACACCGCUGCUUUCCGCCGCCAUGUUGGGGAAUGCGGAAUGUGUGAGGCUGCUGGCCUGUGCAGUGAGGAACCUGGAGUCCACAGAUCUGCAAGGUUUCACAGCAAUGCACCACGCUGCGCGAAAUGGCGACGCUGAAAGCCUGAAGCACCUGUUGCGUGCGGGCGCUCGCAGCAGCCCGGUGACCGGUAGUCUGAACACGCCUCUGCACCAGGCAGCAGUCACAGGUAACGCCGAGUGUGUGAGGGUGCUGCUGCAGGCGGGGGCGGACGUGGCGGCGAGGGACGCCGACGGCUUCACCGCGCUGCACUUCGCCGUGCUGGGCGGCAACCCGGACUGCCUGAGGCACCUCCUGGCAGCGGGCGCGGACGUCCGGGCGCAGGAAGCUUCUGGUUUCACGCCGCUGCACAUUGCUGCAGCGGCGGGCGCACCGGAUGCCGUCAGGCUGUUGUUGGAAGGAGGAGCCGACGUGAACCAGAAGAACGACGUCGGCCACACACCGCUACACCACGCAGCGUCGCAGGGCAAGGCUGAGAAUGUGAAGCUACUGUUGGACGCCGGUGCUGACGCUCUCGCCCAGGACUCGAAAGGUCGCAUUCCACUGCAACUGCCAGCCACCGUGACGCACGGAGAAUGUGUCGCGUUGCUGGAGUGUGCGAUCCAGGGCAGGCACCAAAUACGUGAAUGAAGAUGGUCGUGCUCCACCCUACCGUGAAGCUACAUCUGGUGUCAGGAUGCAUGUUCCACUGGCGGAAUUGAGUGAGGUGUUCAAACUUUACAACUUGUGGCGUCCCCGCACUCCAACCGCGUGCUGAUAUUGUCGACGCCGUAGAGCUGCUACUGCCACAGCUCUCGCAGUGGGUGUUAAAAAAUAUAUCGGCUCAACCACUUGUUUACAGUGUAACGCGUUUCGGAAGUCAAGCUUCGA